CCGUUGCACUGUUUUUAACUGUGUGAGUGUUUUCAUUUCCUGUGAGACUGGAGGUAAGUAAGACAAGGAACAUUUCCCACUGCACCUGGGGAUUCCCAUUUAAAAGCGUUGCACCCAUUGAGUACACACACAGGUGGAGUCAAAACUGCAGCAUGUGACAAGGUACAGACGUUUAUAGAGCUGGUGUGCUUUGAUAAGAAACCAUAUUUUCACAAAGGCUGUUAUGGAGACAGGUCAUUUUGCUGUGCCCGAACAAAGUGUGAGAUAUUGAGAUAUUUACCAUGGAGCUCAAUGGUACACUGAGGAAAGAUCAGAUUGAUGUUCUCUCUACUGAGUACUUAGUGUUACUCACUCCCAGUGUGAUUGGAAGUUUUUCUGUUCUGGUGGUUUCUACAGUGAGAUGGAGGCAUCUAAAAGAACAGGUGCUCCUCCUGGUGCAGCUCGCCCUGGCAGACCUCCUGGCUGCUCUGAUCCUGAUGUCCACCAGUGUCAUGAACAAAGUGAGCACUGACAACAGUGUAAUCAUCUGCCAAUACAGCCUGCCACUGUCACUGACGUUUUAUUUUAUUUCAUUUUUGCUGGUGGUUGUUUACGCAUGGAAUUCAAAAAAUGCAAUCCAAGGGUGGAGAGCGAGAUCUAAUGAGGAUGAGGGUGGACAGAGUCCCUGUAGAAGGAAGAUAGUCGCUAUACCUGUAUAUGCCCUUGUGUGGUUGGUCCCCAUUGCAUUAUACUUAGCAUAUGUGCUCACUCCCUUCGUAAAAACCACUCCAGUGAUUCCAGUCCCUGGCAGAUCAUUGAUUGUUCAUAAUAACAGUGAAUACUGCACCAGUUGUAUUUUGUUCUUGCAUGUCUGGCGUGAUUCCUGUUCUGUUGCUGAGAGAAUUCAUGACACUUUCAUUAGAGUUGUUCUCGUCCUCAUUGUGAUAUCAGUGAUCUUUUCUUGCUCUGUAAUUUAUUAUAAGGUUGGCAAAUGGUAUGAAAGACAUGAGCAGGAAGGGCUUUUUCCUGUGGAGGGAGAUGGACGUUCAAGAAGGAGAUUCAAAAGAGUGUUUUCUACUGCAAGAAAUAUGGUGAUGGUCAUCUUAUUCUGCUGGACACCAGUGCUUGUACUUAUUCUGCUGUCUACCCUGAUGAAUUGGACAAACAUUGAACAACGCAGCCUAUUUGCCUUUUACAUGCUACAGGCUGCAAGCGUGUCCCUGCAAGGCUUUCUAAACAGUAUGGUGUACGCCUGGAGACGGCCCAACUUCAGGGAGGCUGUUCUCGGGGAGAAUACACCCCUGCUGGCACAUGAGCACCUGGCCUUCUUUGAUGAAUCACUGAGGAACUCAUUGUGAUUCAACUUUAGUUGUGUCUAAACACAUUGAAAGACAUUGUUGUGCUGCUGAAACUGGAGGAAGACUGACCGCAAGCCUGCACAGUUCAUGACUUCCUGUCGAUCUAGACUGAAAAUCAUUAUAUUUUCAUUUGUGGUCCGUAAAU